GGUCUCGUUUGGUCUGCAAAUUAUGUCUAUAUAAACUCGUGUUUAAAGUCCACAGCAACGAUCGAGCGGUAUAAAUAUAUGAACUCGGCGGUAAACGUGGUAUACGCGCGCCGAAACGCUGCACGAGCAUCACACACCAGACAUAAUAUAUACCUACGCCUAUGUAUAUACCUCAUACGCAUCUCUUUCCGUCGAUUCAUUUAAAACCACCACCGCGGUGCAGACGCUCAGAGUGCUGUAUAUAAUAUUUAAGCCGCGGGUAUACGUCGUGAGACUAUUUAGUUUGUGUUUUAUUUUAUUUUUUUCCCAUAUACCCGAUCGGUUAACGAGUCGGAUUUCGCGUUUUUAUUUUUUUUAUCCACCCCCCGAAAAAAUGGGCAAUAUUUUGUUGAAGACAGUAGGUAUCGUUCACUUGUUUACCAUACCUAGCUAUACCAGAUGACUACGAUUAAACCGUGCGCCCGUUGUGCCGAUUUAAGAUAUUAUAUUAAUAUAGUUUUAAUACAUUUUCGUCGGAUUUUUAUAAAAAAAAAUGUUUUUGAAACGGGUGUGACACAUUAUAAAAUUCGAAUUAAAUUAGCGCACGCGUACACCGCAGAUACCUAGAAUAUGAUACCGUUGAUGUGGAAAAUACGAAAUCGAAUAACAUUUUCAUUGACGAUACACAUGGCCCAUAAGCGUGUCACGUAUUCUUUCAACUGCUGGCAGUGGUUCGAAUAUACCUUUAUAUUAUGUACAUCGUUGAUUUUUCAUUAUUUACAAAACGUAUCGUGACUACUAAUACCUAUGUUCAAUUCUAUCAACACGAUCUAUAUGGUUCUUAAAAUAUGAUGGCAAGAAAUAAAAGUUUUCAAAGAGGUUUUGCUGAUUUUAAUAGAACGCGAUACUUGAGGACUUUAAUAACAUGACAAACGCGAUAAACGCGACGUCCAAAGCCUUCAUAGAGUCAGUUAUGAGCACGACGAUGAUAAACGACGGCCCGCUGGUGGACAGUGACGCCGUAUCGCCGGUCACGUUGAGCAUGGAAUGGAGCAGGGUGGCCAGGCUGUUGAUCAUGAUCGGCCUGUCCGUCAUCGGCAGCAUCGGUAACGUGUACAUGAUCAGCUCGGUAAUGAUCGAGGACCAUCUCAACAAAAGGGGCAACACUUUCGUGGCGAACGUGGCGCUGGCCGACCUGUUGAUCAGCGGCCUCGUCAUUCCGGCAUCCGCAGUGGUCAUCCUGUCCGGUCUACAGGAUUCUCCGCCGGUGUGCCAGUUCCAGUGGUUCCUGUCGAUCCUUUGCUGCCUGGUAACCGUGCUUACCAUGGCCGCGGUGGCGGCCGAGAACUACAUACGACUCUGUCUAACGCCCGAAUGCUACGCCAAACUUACCGUCACGAAAAUCACCACGCUCCUGUUCGCCAUUUGGAUCAUCAGCUCGAUCCUGGUCACGUUACAGUCCGUCUACAACAUGGGACCAGAUUAUUGCAAUAAAAAGAUAAGCCGCAUCGUUCCGACUCAGGCGCUGACGGCCGGUGCCAUUGUGCUGGCGCCGCUGCUCAUCACGGCCGGGUUGUACAUGCGCAUCACGUACCAGGUGCACGUGGCCCGGCUGAACCCGAGCUUCAAGCCACCGCUGGCGUUCAACUGGGACUACUCGCUGAUGCUGGCCAACGCGUACAGCUUCGUCAUGUUCGUCGUGUUCUGGGCGCCGUUCACCAUCGUCCUGGCGCUGGCCACCAUCCAGCGGCAGCAGUCCGCCCAGGUGUUCUACAACCUCGCGUGGCUGGCACUCAGCAAGUCCUGCUUCAACAACCUGGUGUACUGCGCCGGCAACCGGCACUUCCGCAACGCGUACGUCAACCUGUUCCACUACUGCUGCUGCAAGACGACGGUGACGUUCUCACGACGGGCCCGCGACGGCGCCACCCGCCCGUCCGGCGACGUCCGCGUCCACAUCAUACCCGGCUACAACAUGUACUCGUACACCAGCCCUACCAGGUCGCGGGAGUCAGGGUCGUGUCCGCUGCAAGGCCGGCCGCGGGCCAGGGCCAACGGCGGCGGCGGCGGUCUCGGCUGCGGCGGCGGUGGUGGCGGCGGUGGCGGUGGCGGUGGUCGCGAUGUGUACGAGUUGUAAGCUGUACGAUGAUAAUAAUAUAAUACUUGUCCGGCGCUUAUACCUUCGUCCCGAACACGCAUUAGAUGACUAAGUUAUUAUUAUUAUUUAUUAUUUAAUAUUAUUAUUAUUAUUAUUAUUAUUAUUAUUAUUAUUAUUAUUACCUACGUGUGCGAUUUAUAUUUAUAUAAUAAUAUUAUAUACUAUGCGCACGAGUUUUUCUUCCCUCGUAUUAUAAUAUAUGCACAUACACAACAUUGUAUAAUAUACAUAUAUUCUCCGAAAAAGCGCGUUCGCAGCAUUUCUACGCACGCGUUACUACUCACAUUACCUCCUAUAACUAUAUUAAUAUGUAGGUAAUUAUAGGACCUAAUAUAUUAUUAUGCGUACCUAUACAUAGUCACCACCGCCGAAUUUUUUAAUAUUGACGUUAAGGUAGAAAAUAAGUUUUCGAUUUGUCGUGUGGACCUAUGUUAUGU